AUGGACGCAGCACAUUGCUAUCUCGAAGGAAACGCAGACGCCGUGGAAUUCUGUCCUCACGAGCCUUACACAAACUUGCUAGCAGCUUCUACUUACACACUUGAGGAAGGAGAUCAUCCUUCUCGAUCCGGCUCUGUGUAUCUAUUUGACAUAGGAGAAGUAGAAGAUGCUGGACUGAAUCUUCUCCAGAAAAUCGACACCGCCGGAGUUUUCGAUAUCCGGUGGACCCACGGCGGAAAUCGAGGCGGAAACGUGACACUUGCUCAGGCUGAUGCUGAUGGAUGCUUGAGAGUUUACAGGAUAGAUGAGACUGCAGAAAAAGGCUAUUCUCUGAGGGAAGUCUGUGGUGAAAAGAUCAGCACAUCAAUGUGUCUUUGUUUGGAUUGGGAUCAGACUUCAACAUCAAUCGUAGUAGGUCUAUCAGACGGCUCUGCUUCAGUUGUUUCACUCACUGAUUCCAAGUUAGAAACAGUCCAAGAAUGGAAAGGGCAUGACUUUGAGCUUUGGACGGCUUCGUUCGACCUCAACAAUCCUAGUUUAGUCUAUACAGGAUCAGAUGAUUGCAAGUUCAGCUGUUGGGAUGUCAGAGACAAUCCGGCGAACAAUCGGGUUUUCCAAAACUCCAAGGUUCAUACAAUGGGUGUUUGCUGUAUCUCCCCAAAUCCGAGAGACCCUUACUCUGUAUUCACCGGUUGUUAUGAUGAAACGUUGAGAGUUUGGGACACGAGGUCUGUUUCGAGACCUGUGAACGAAACAUCGGUGUCUCUUGGUGGAGGAGUGUGGAGAAUCAAGCACCAUCCUUGUGUGAAUGGUGUUGUUUUGGCGGCUUGUAUGCAUAACGGUUUCGCUGUAGCGAAGGUUAGUAGUAGUGAUGGGAAAGGUGAAGUAAUGGAGAGUUAUAGCAAGCAUGAGUCUCUUGCUUAUGGAGCAGAUUGGUAUAGAGGGAAAGAUCAGAAGCGACGCCUUGUGGCUACUUGCUCGUUUUAUGAUAAGCUUCUUCGGUUAUGGAUGCCUGAAACUGCACUAGAGCUUUGA